ACUCCCACUCUAAUAUAUAUUUCCCGUCUGCCAUAUUUUUGGGCCUCGCACAUAUUGCUCCUUCCCCCACAUGGCCACACGCGAAAACACGAACACCAUGAACCUCGAAACUCCAACCUCAAACCCAGAGCUUCCGAAUCCCGGCAAUGCCGAAACCCACCCCAUUUUUGAAGACAUUGAUAGCUCUUGUUCUACUCCUUAUGUGAGCGCUCCCUCCAGCCCUGGCCGUGGCCCCGUCUCCGGCUUCUUCUACAGCGCCCCUGCAAGCCCGGUGCACUUUGCACUCAGCUUAGCAUUGGCAUCGACGAAACAGCCUCAGUCUUCUUCGAUGAUGGAUGACUUUGAGUUCUCUGCAAGGUUCGGGUCGAGUGGGUUGAGUUGUACCGGGUCCAUGAGCUCGGCUGACGAGCUUUUCUUGAACGGGAAGAUCCGCCCCAUGAAGCUCUCCACUCACUUGGAGCAUCCUCAGGUUUUGGCUCCAUUGAUGGAUCUUGAAUCAGAAUUGGAUGAGUAUGAGCCGGAUCAGGUUGGCGAGAGAGGCAGAGAUCUGGGGUUACGUGAUAAGUCUCACCACAGAAGAACCAGAUCUCUGUCUCCGAUGAGAAACGCAGGGUUUGAGUGGACAGAGGACGAGGAUAGAGAUAAAAAUACAAGCUUUGAAGACAAUAAUGGUUGUUUGGAAGUAGAAGAGAAUGAGAGGGAAAAGAUCGAGGGGUUCUGUUCAGAGACAACUACUCCUUCGGUCUCUGCUUCGUCCUCGAGAUCUUCUUCGGCUGGAAGGAGCUCAAAGAGGUGGGUUUUCUUAAAAGACUUUCUCAGGAGCAAAAGCGAAGGGAGAAGUAACAACAAGUUCUGGUCGACGAUCUCGUUUUCUCCAACAAAAGAAAAGAAACCUGGAAACCAAACGCUUCCAGACCUUGUUUCGAAGGAUAAAGACAACAAGUUUACCAACCCGGUCACCGUAGCUUCAGAAGCAGGGAAAAGUAAGAGAAAUGCACGAACUUCGGCAAAGAAAGCUGCCGGAAAGCCUGCCCAUUGGGUCGGAAAACGGCGCAUCCCCCCGUCGCCGCAUGAGUUGCAUUACACGGCUAACAGAGCACAUGCUGAGGAAAUGAGGAAGAAGACUUUCUUGCCUUACAAGCAAGGGUUGCUUGGGUGCUUGGGAUUUAGUUCGAAGGGGUAUGGAGCUAUGAAUGGUUUUGCCAGAGCUUUAAACCCAGUUUCCUCCAGGUAAAUAUCACUGUUGGGUUUUCAAGAGAAAAGGGUUGUAAAUAAUUUUUUUUUUUUUUGAGCUUUUUAUUAUUUAGGAUUUUUUUUUAAUGAUUAUCUAUGUAUUUAUUGUUGGGUCCUUCUCUCUUUUGGCUAAAAGAGACUGUCCCUAAUUUAAUAGGGUUCAUGAAAUUAUGGAGUUUCUUUUAUCUCCCCUACCUCCCUAUUUGCUUUGUUGAGAGCUCGGGUACUUCACUUGUAUAUCAGUUUGAUAUUCGCAGUUUCUAUGACGGGGUUAAGUUCCAAGCCAUGAGGAAGAUAAAUUAUCAAUCUUUCUCCUUAUGGUUACUCAAGAAAUUUACAAAAGUUUCACUCGAAGUUGAUGUAAUUGUUGUACCAAUAAUUUGAGGAAUUUUCAGUAUUGUUAUUGUAAUCCAAAUUGCAUGAUUAUAAAAUAGAAACUUUAUUUGGAUUAUCAGAUCAAUAAUUUGAUCCACA